AUGUUUACGACAAUUUUCCCAACACUCAUGACAUACUUCAAAGGCGAUAAGUCCACAGGCAUUUACAUCAUCUAUAUCAUCUUUACAGGCUCUCCAACGUACCCAAACACAGAUGAAGUCAUAGUUAUUGUCUGGUUUUACUUUUUGAUUGGUGCAUUCAUAUUUGUUCUUUAUCUGUUUAUCAUUAUUGUACUUUUAACAACAGCUUUACCUUCAUCGACAAUAAAACGAACUUAUAGCAUUCUUUCAUUCUACAUUUUGCCAUUUAUUGUUCCUAUCUUCGGAAAGGCCUUUACUGCAUCAAUGGCUUACUUAUCUGUUUCAGAAAAUUCAUAUUCUUUUUAUGCAGCUUUAAUUGGCGAAUUAACAAUCUUGCUUUAUGCUGUCCUUGGCUCUCUCAUGAAUUCUAGCUCAGCAUAUCGCGUUACUCAUAUUUAUUUCCUUAGGGAUACUUUUUCUGCCUUAAUUACGAACUUUUUCAUACUUAUCGUUCAGCAUACAGUCAGCUUCCUCGAAAACCCCAACAAUAUACUACUAGUUAUCCUUACAAUUGUCUUUGUUGCUGUUGAUAUUUAUAUCUUCAUUGUUUUGCCUUACCAAACGAAACUUGUGUCUAUUCUUUCAUGCUUCUACAUUUUCUUCUGCACAGGAUGUGCCAUUGUCCGUGCUUUUACGAAAUAUGCAACUCCUCUUGGCGUAAUCAUCAUUUUUGCGAUUGCUGUGGUCAUAACAGCCAUUAUGUACUGCUGCAGGUUAUGUUACGAGCACUCCCAUGGAGAUCUUGGAAGAUUAUUCGGCUUGCAUAGAUUUCGUAAGUCAAAAGCUUCAGUUCCGAGAGACGAAAUCGAGAAACUUAAUUUCGUGCAGCUCAUGGUGCUCGCGAGAGGCUAUUAUUCGUUGGAUGACCAAACUCAACAUUAUGUCAACGAAGAAAUCCGAAAACGGGCCAUCGGAACAGCAGAAGGCAGGAUAUUCAUAAACUCCUUCGAUUCCAGGAUCGGAGCUCUCACAAUCGAAUCUUUUCCCCAAGUUAUGGAAGUUAUACAGAAAUAUACGAAGAAAAUCGAGAAGAAAGAGAAAGAUUUUUGGGCAUCGCUAUGGCUGUCAGACUUCGAGUCACUUCCAGAGAUCUCUGGUGAAAUUGGACGCUUAAAAUUCAGAUUAUACGAAUAUUCCAAAUACCAGUCUAAAGUUAUACCAUCAUUCGUAUGCGAUGAGAACAUAGAGCCAACGUACCAGCGUUCCGUGACUCACUCUGUUUUUAAUACGAUUGUUGUUAUUAUAUUUUUGGCUUCCCUUUCACUUUUAGUGUUUCUUCUGUAUUGUUAUACAUUGUCUGGAAAGAAUCGAACUGAUUUCUUCGAAUUCCAGCAGUUUAUGGAGAAUUUUACCUUGAUGCAGAGCGAAUUGUACACUCCUGAGUCAGUUCCACGCUUAUCGAAGUACUACACCAACACUCUUUACCUUGUCGACCAAUUUAAGAAGGUAAAAAGCGGCGGAUUGUACAAAUUCAUGAAUUACGAAAUUAGUAACACAACUCUUGGUCAAUUGAUCGAUACUUACAUGAAUUUGACCUUGUUAUCCAAUCAGACGGGCGCUGUGAACUCUCUUCUCCUUAAUAAUUCGAUUUUUUACGAUUUGGAUAAAUCCUUGAUGGAUUAUUACGAUUUCUUCGAUACCGCGUUUACCAAUCGCAUCUCCAUACCCAUCCUGUCAUGGUUUGUCCUUUAUUUCCUUUCUUUCGUCAUAUUUGUGAUAUUCUUUGUAUUUGCUCUUUACAUCUACGCCAGGCACCUUCACAGAACGUUCGAGGUGUUCAAGACCUUCUCCAAGAAGAAGAUUGAAGAGUUUGCGGGCUUAGAUACGAAAUCCAUCCAAAGAUCAGUAAUUCCUGGCCGAGAAUCGAUCAUUGAGUGGUCGGCCUCAACCGAUAUCGUCGUCGGUUUCUUCCUGACCCUCGCAGCUUUCAUUAUUUUCUUCACAGCCGGAUUUGUCGUUUACGGGCGGACUCUUUCGGACUACAACUUCAGAACUAAGAGCUACGUGUACUUUGAGCGCAUGGACAUGAUCAUGUUGUGGCUCAGCGCCGUUGUUUUCCAAAAUUCGACAUCUCCAAGCUCUCCGCAAUUCCCGCAGAUGAUUUCCAACAGCGACCACCACAUGGACAUAUUAUUAAGAGACUCAGAAGCUGCUUCUUAUGCUGCUUUGCUCACAACUGACAUAGUUUCCUUCAUUACGGGUUAUACGUUGAAAGAUCCGACCAUGAAUGAUGUUUAUCCAAUCACUGAGAUCAACCAAACAUUUAUCAACCUCAGGACUCUUCAAGAUCCUUUUUAUAAUGUUUCGAAUAUUUAUUACAUCACAUGGAUGGUUGUUCUGCUUCUGACUAUAUUCUCUUUCAUCAUUAUUAUCCAUAUACAGGUUAAUACUGGUCGCCAAAUGGACGCUUCCCGUGGAGAAAGAAUUAAUUUGUUAUCCGUGUUCACAGAUUUCGCUGGAGAGCAGGAAUCCCUUUCUUCCAUAGUCCCUGUUAAUAAUGCAUCGCUUCCUUUCUUGUUUGUUGAGGCAAAUUCCGAUUUUACAGUUACAUUCUCAACAAACCUCGCAAACCAAGAAAUGGGAAUCACAAAUGGCUCCAAAUUUGACGGCCAACCAUUUGGUAUCGUCACUGGAUCCGAAAUCAUGCGGACAAUUGAAAAAUUAAAACAAUUCCCGUCCAGCGAGCCACAGCAGAUCAAAAGCCAGGAUGGAUCCUACAUCUACGUCAUCCCAUCUUACUGCGGAGCAACGAUGACGACUCUAAAGAGCUUUGCCGUUUUCAGAUUGCCAUCUGUUCUCUCUCCGUUCAUUAAUUCUGGCGGAGACAAGAAUAUUAGUCCGUUCUCCAAAUUAUUCCCAUCCGUAAUCAGCCCAGAUAAAGAUUUUCCACAUAUUAUCCAAAUUAACGCGGCUCCUUUCUUAGUUGUGCUGGUUAGACUUACGAAUAUCUCUAGCUGGAGCGCAAAGGUCGAGCCGCAGUUCGUGGAAUCGUUUUACAAAGCUGUAAUUGAACAAUGCGACGAAAUUUGCGAAUCAGGACAACUUUUCAUGAGGGUCCACGUCAGAGAUGACACAAUUCUAUUUAUGACGAACCCCGAUGUACAAAUCCAAGGAAGAUGGACUUUCAUUACAAAUUGUGCUGAUUUCUCUCUCAAAAUCAGAGAAGCGGUCAAAACAAUAUCCAAGAAGUACAAGUCAAAUGUAUUCACAUCAGUUGUGUUCGCUCGCGGCGAAAAACAAGUGAUGUAUCUUGGAAAUUACGCUUGCACACAAUGCGACUUCCUUCCUGACACUCUGGACCUCCAAUUCGUGGAACAGGCAUUCGACAUAUUCAGAAUCGAUGCAACUGCGUUUGCAACUGCUCACAUACCAAACUUGAGAAUUCCGAACACAACAUUGAUUGCAAACUACUUGUCUAGCAGCGGAACAUCAAUAGAUCUAUUCCUUGUUGCUUAA